ACAUCCACUACGCAGUUUAUGCCGUUAAAGAUAUGAAGGUGACUUUAUUAUUUUUUGCCACUUUGGCAGUAUAUGUUAGUACUAAUCCUCGAUUUCGACGAGUUAUCGGUGGAGAAUCAGUCCAAGUAGGUGAAUGGCCUUAUUUAGCAUCUUUGAAAAUUAAAAUACCAAAAACGAAAUUUUUUGGUGUUACUUUAACUUAUAAAAUAACUUACUGCACUGCUUCGUUGAUAAAUGAUAGAUGGAUUCUGACCGCCGCCCAUUGCCUAAAGGAUGGAGAGUAAGUAUUUUUUUAUAUCUUUAAAUGCAAACGAAACUCUUGUUUUUCUUCAAAGCGAUACAGUUGAAGCGAAAAAUAUUCAUGUUAGACUGGGUGAUACGGAAAUGUUUAAAGACAUUUUUGAGAAGAUUAAGGGAAAAUUGUGCAAAAUUGACUUUUUGGGACUUUGUGAUGAAGAUGACGUUGAAUACUUUAUUCAUGGUCAAAGAAUAAAAAUUCACGAAUUCUACAACCCAGACAAAAAUUGGGAAAACGACAUUGCUCUUAUAAAAUUAGCAGAAUCAGUACCUCACUUGGCUGGAGAUAAGGCUCCGCACAUACAAGCAGUAAAGCUAAAUGAUGGUUAUAUUAGAAACUUUCCUGAUGAGAAUGAUACGUGCUUCUUUCAAGGGUGGGGUUGCACAAAAAGUGGAGGAAGCGUAAAUAAAAAUGCGCUUCAGGUUCAAAUUCCUAUUUACCCUAAUGAUAAAUGCUCAAGAACAUGGGGUAUUGACAGUUCUAUUCACUUAUGCGCAGGAAUGAAAUCAGCAACAUCUACAAUGGGAAUUUGCCCCGGAGAUAGCGGAGGACCAUUAGUGUGCUUGAGAGGAGACACUUGGUACCAAGUAGGUGUUGCCUCUUUUACUAGUAAAUAUAAUCCUGGAAAAUACCCUGGGGCAUUUGCAAGAGUUUCAACAUACUACGACUGGAUUAGAAAGCAAAUAUCAUAA